AGUUUAACGAUUAGUUUCUUGAGUGAAAAGAUUCUUGACUGUGUAGUUGAAGUUCUACGCAAAAAUUACGGUUAUAUCCUUCUUUGUAUCCGCAAAUAACUUUCACGCUGUUUGCAUGCGAUAACGAGUAUUGUAGGCUCAAGUCGACUGAGCCUUAAUCACAUCGGUGGUAUUCAAUACAGCUUCAUCCGAGCUGAUGUUUUUGUUGAAAAACCCACUCCAAGAUAAGAACCAUCAACAUUAGGAAAUUUAAUUGCGAGGAGGUCAAUCAUAUUUGUCGCCGAGGUGAACUUUAUUGCAAUGACGUAUAGAGAUUAAUUGCGCGUUACAGUCAAGGGGAUAAGGUUAUUUAAAAUGGUCUGAUUACAAGUCUCAUCAUACCGUCUCUCGUUUCGUCUUCUGCAGUCGAUCGCAUACCUCAAGAAAGAACACAAUGUCGUCCGCGCUACCGUUGUUAGUUUUUGGGCAAGCGUAUUUCCUCACCCCAGCGUUUAACGCUGGAGCAGUAGCACCUAAUUUCGCCUCGAUACCAAACAACGAUCUCACUAAGCGGGAUGACUAUACCUACACGCCGGGAAUUGGUGCUCAUAAGGUUCACACUGAAGCGGCUUCUUGGUCCGACGCUUGGGCGAAAUGUCGAGACGAGGGAGCCCAUUUAGCCAUCAUCAAUUCUCAGGCUGAAUCGAAACUCGUUGUUGAACUUCUGGCAAAAGCGGGUUCUAUGAAAGGUGGCAAUGACCCGGACCAUGCUCACAUUGGUUUUCAUGAUUUGUACAAGAAAAACCAGUGGGUGACGAUCGAAGGUCAAUCCCUGCUUGAGGCAGGAUUCAGCGAAUGGCACCAGGGCGAACCUAACUACCUGGACGGUGGAAAUGAGCAUUGUGGAUCGAUCGACACAAGAGACGGUAAAUUCAACGACCAAAAUUGCGCCUCUAAGAUUUCCAACUUCGUUUGCGAGUUACGCCAAACUUCGCUACCUCGCACUAUCGGAUAUUGAUAUUAUUAUCCACAUUACGAAUCUAUAUUACAAAUGAUGUACUAUUGGCAAUAUUAAUUCACUGAAGGUUGGAUCAUGUGGUUACGUAAUCGUUUUGUAUACUAUUAUAUGCAUUUGAAAGUAACACCUAAUUUGAGAUUUUUCUACAAUUUUGAUAUCUUGUAAUACGCGUAUUAACAUGCAAAAUGCUGAAAUUUUCGUACCUAUCAAUGUAAAUGUAAAAUAAUAAAAUAAAAAAACUUCGC